GACAUCGAGUGUCAAGUGGGUCCGACAAAAGAAAACAAAGCAAUUCGGGCCAACUCUCGGAUCACUGUCUUAGUCCCUCCGCGUGAGAUAUUACUGCUUCCAACAAAUCGGGCGCUUGUUUUCAAUGCGACAAAACAAAAGACGAGUCAAACUAAUAGUAGAUUAGAAGUAAGAGAGGCUGAGAGGAUCACAUUGUCGUGCAAUACCAGCACUUUAUCCAAACCUCACACACAUAUUAAGUGGUUUCGCAAUGGAGUUCCGCUCACUAAAGGUGUGCAAUAUAGCUGUCAGGCCGAACACCCGGCCCUCUCUAAGCCGUUAAAAUCGACGGUCACUCUAAGUGUGCUCUAUCCGCCCGGUUUGCCAUCCAUUGAGGGCUAUACCGAUGGGCACGUGAUUCGGGUGACCGACACUCUCACACUCGCCUGCAUUAGUCGUGGCGGCAAUCCUUUGGCUAAAUUGAUUUGGUACAAAGAUGGGCACGACGUGGACGACACGUACUCGAGCUCUGGUGGUCGGGAGGCGACCAAUAUAUAUACUUUUCAGGUUAAACCCAACGAUAACAACGCGAUUUACAAAUGCGAAGCCACUAAUGAUGUCACGACUCUGCCAUUGAUUUCAUUUAUAAAACUUAAAGUGUUGUUUCCGGCGGUAAAAGUAGAAAUAAAUGGCGCUAAACAGGGAAGGGUUGGCGAUUCAAUUGCAUUGACGUGUGCGGCCGGACCCGCUAAUCCCAGCGCUGAAGUGUCCUGGAUUAUUGACGUUCCGGCAGUAAAAGUAGAAAUAAAUGGCGCUAAACAGGGAAGGGUUGGCGAUUCAAUUGCAUUGACGUGUGCGGCCGGACCCGCUAAUCCCAGCGCUGAAGUGUCCUGGAUUAUUGAC